AAACCUCCCUGUCGUCUGCGUUUAGAUGGCUCCCGCAAAGAAGGGUGGCGAGAAGAAGGGCCGUUCUGCCAUCUACGAGGUGGUGACCCGAGAAUACACCAUCAAUAUUCACAAGCGCAUCCAUGGAGUGGGCUUCAAGAAGCGUGUUCCUCGGGCUCUCAAAGAAAUUCGGAAAUUUGCCAUGAAGGAGGUGGAGUCUCCAGAUGUGCUCAUUGACACCAGACUCAAUAAAGCCGUCUGGGUCAAGGGAAUAGGGAAUGUUCCGGACCGCAUCCGAGUACGUUUGUCCAGAAAGCGUAAUGAGGAUGAGGAUUCACCAAAUAAGCUCUACACACUGGUAACUUACGUGCCCGUUACUACAUUCAAAAACCUACAGACGGUCAAUGUGGAUGAGAACUAACUGCUGAAUGUCAAAUAAAGUUACAGAAGUGCC